UUUAUUUUAUGGUACUACGACCGUAGAUGGUACCAAUGUACCACAAUAAAAUCACUAAUUGACUAUCUAGAUUAAAGAUUAUUGUAGUGUCGAAUUUACGAUAUUUUAGUAUGCUGUUCUCGAAGUUCGAACGCAUUUAUGAAUAGUUUUGUAUAGUAUUCAAUAGCAUUCAUAUAAGUGAGACGAUGUGUUUGUAAAACAAAACUUAAAAUUAAGUCGAGCAAAUUGUGUAUGCUUUUAAGUCGUAUUUAGUGAAAGUUUUUGACAACUGAUGCAAAUACCAUUAGUAAUUGGAUUUAUUUGAAAAAUUGUAUAUUUGGGUAUGGCUGCUAAGAAUUUCAUAGAAGUGAAAUUAAAUUAACAAGGUGUGUUUGGUGCAGUGUAAGACAAAUUGUUUGCAUUAUGUUUUCCAAGAAAAAGAAAAAGCCACUUAUUUCUCCCCCAAGCAAUUUUGAGCAUAGAGUACAUACGGGUUUUGAUAAAAGAGAAGGAAAGUUUGUUGGACUGCCGCUACAAUGGGCCUCUCUUGUUGGCAAUAAUCAGAUAUUAAAAUCAACAAAUAGGCCAUUGCCCUUGGUCGAUCCCUCAGAGAUUACUCCCACCGAGAUUUUAGACUUGAAGACUGUAGUGAGAGGUGAACAUAGAUCUUCCUCGGUUGCUGCUUUGUCUAGACCUGUAUCAGCAAAUCCUUUGACGCAGCCAGUGCAGAAUGGGGUUGUUUUACCAAAAACCUCUAAUGUUGCAAGAUCCAAUUCUCUCAGAAGUAUGAGCCCUCCGAGAAUCAGAAGAGAUCUACGUAAUCAGCCAAAUAUUCCACCAUCAGUGCCAGAAGAGUCACCUCCCGUCCCACCAGCUCCACAGUAUCCGACAUUACGAAGAGAGCAGAGUAAUUAUACUUUAAAUAAACCAGUAUCAGACUCGCCUGUUGAGUGGUCUCACUCUCAUGAAGCAACAGUUCGAUCCGUUACAGAAAUAAAUGACAACCAGCUCGCAGCAAUGACAUACCAAAACAUACAGAGUGCUAAUGUACCAUACCAACACAAUCACCCUCAACCUCAAAUGGUUCAAGGUAUGCAGCACGGUGUUAAUGGAAAUAACAAUGUUGGUGAUACAUAUCCAAAUACGAUACGACAUCAACAGUCUGGACCGUUAGCAACCCCACAUAUACCGAUCACCGAAUCCAAACAUGAGUUGCGUUUAACUCACGAACAGUUUCGUGCUGCUCUACGUCUCGUGGUAAGUGAAGGUGAUCCUCGUGAGACUCUGACAGGCUUCAGUAAAAUUGGUAAAGGUAGCACUGGCGUUGUCUGCGCGGCCACUGAUACAAGGACAAGAAAACGAGUCGCGGUCAAGAUGAUGAACCUUAAGAACCAGCAUCGAAGGGAAUUACUCUUUAACGAAGUGGUGAUAAUGCGCGACUAUCCACAUCCAAACAUAGUAGAGACACAUGCGUCCUAUUUGGUGGGCGAUGAGUUGUGGGUAGUUAUGGAAUAUAUGGCUGGAGCGUCUCUUACUCAAAUAGUGACACAUGCAAGAAUGGAUCCUGAGCAAAUAGCCACUGUCUGCAAACAAUGUUUAAAGGCAUUAGCAUUCUUACAUAGCCAAGGUGUCAUUCAUCGGGAUAUCAAAUCAGAUUCAAUACUCUUGACAGAAGAUGGCAGAGUCAAAUUGUCUGACUUUGGAUUCUGUGCUCAAGUAUCACAGGAGCUACCAAAACGUAAAUCAUUAGUCGGAACACCAUAUUGGAUGUCCCCAGAAGUGGUUUUACGAUUGCCAUAUGGUCCUGAAGUUGAUAUUUGGUCUCUGGGGAUUAUGCUAAUUGAAAUGGUUGAUGGUGAACCGCCAUUCUUCAAUGAACCUCCGCUUCAGGCGAUGCGUCGUAUCCGCGACAUGCCGCCGCCGAGACCGCGCGGCGCGGCGCGCUGCCCGCCCGACCUGCUGUCGUUCCUGGAGUGCGCGCUCGUGCGUGACCCCGCGCAGCGGCACUCCGCCGCGCGCCUGCUGCACCACCCCUUCCUGCGCCGCGCCGGCCCGCCCGCGCUGCUCGUGCCGCUCAUGCCGCGCCAGGACGCGCACUGA